CAGGAGACUGGUCUGCUGGGUGGCACGACCAGCCAAAUGUCAGAGGGCCCCAGCCACUGGGCUGUGGAGCCAAUCCCUGACAGCUGGGCCAGGAGUCCGCGGGGGAAAGCUAAGCAGAAAGAAAUCGGCAGUGUCGUUCCUCUUAAGAAGAGUUCGAUGUCCCUCACAGGGCAAGCAGACCACUCCCAGGACACCAGGAUUCCCUAAGACUUCCCAAGACACCUCUGGGUGUUGGGUGGCCUGCUGGCAACGCCUGCCUGUUUGCUGGGGUAGCCCAGCAGUCCCUCACUAUUUACUUUCUUUCCUCGGAGAGGCCAAAGGGAGGAACAGUGGCUCAAGGACAACCAACAACAAAAAAGCCGAGGCUGUGGGACAGCAGCUGGCUGUCAGCCUCAAGGAGGAGCUCCAGGCUCCAGGAGCUCGUGCUGAGGAGUGCCCAGGGGAGCUGCGGCCGGCCAGUGUGCACGAAAGAUAUACGAGGUGGUGGCCAGGGGCCCGAGGGGAGGCACACAGACACCUUGAUCCGGGCUCCCUUUCUUGCCUCCGGAACAGCUACGUUCCAGCGCAGCCCGCAGGAACCCCAGCAGGAGCUGGUGCAGCAUGGCAGCCCCUGGCUUUGUGCAGGAGAUGCACUCUGUGGGUGAGAGACUGUUGAAGAAGCUGCGAGGGCUGCCCCAGGCCGAGCCCGUGGAGCUUGUGGCCUUCUCCAUCCUCGUCCUCUUUACAGCCACUGUUCUGCUGCUGCUGCUGAUAGCCUGCAGCUGCUGCUGCACUCACUGCUGCUGCCCUGAGCGCAGAGGCAGGAAGGUCCAGGUGCGGCCCAUGAGCCCCCACUGAGGGACAGCAAGACAUGGAAGGAGAAGCUGGAGAAGCUGUCAGCCUGGCCCUGUGGCCCUCACGCCUCCAGACAAGGACCCCCCAGCCCCAGUUCUGGCCCUGUCCCGAUGCUAGGACGCUGACACCUGGAGCCUCACCAAGGAAACAAGGGCUGGGACACGCACAAAACUCCACCUGCUAGUGGACACUGGGUGUUGGGGAGGAGUCCACUGCUCAAAGACUGAGGACGCCAACCUGGGUCUUCUGCUGACCUUCACUUUUUAACAAGGACACAGGAGUCCCCAUACUUUGAUGGGGACCAGCCCACAUCUGUGGGGAGCUGGCCCUUGGGGCUCCACUGAUCCAUGCCAAAGAGGAACAAGCCAAUCAGAGGGACUUUGUGCAAUAGCUACUGGAUCCCAACCAAGGGGGAACAUGUCAGUAUUCUAGCCUGGUAUUUGCCUGUUUAUUUCCAAGUAAAAGCUUUUUGGUUAUAUAUUUCUGAGGUUGGCUGCACUCUGUGCAUCAGGAGGGCAGAGCUGGAAUUCUAGGGGUGUGGCCAGCCACUAUUCUUUCCAGGCCACUGCUCUCCCUAAGCCCAUGAAAACUGGAAAAUCACACAGGGAGGAGUCCCCCUCCACAGCCAAGAAACCAGUGGAGGGACACAGCAACAUUCCUGUCACCCAACAGUUAACAAGCAGUGGCUGAUGGAUACCCAAACUGUGCUAGGCCCGGGAAGGCCACCUAACAUUUUCCACUGUCUAUAACUUCUGCCUGGACACACCACACUAUCAGGCUUAAACCCCUGGAUCCCUAAACUUCUGAACUCCAAGAAAAGAGAUCAGGUCCCUAGUUUUCUCUAUAAUUACUUCCCCAUUUGUGGGCUCACACCUCACCUGCCACUCACUGGCUAUGUGACUCAACCUCUGAGCCUGUCUCCUCCCUGGUGAAGAAAUGGGCUCAUCCUGGCACCUGCUUCCUGUGGUGCACCAUGAGAAUAAACAAAGAUGACCUCCAUCUAGCACUUAGCACAGCUGAGCAUAGUUCUAAGAGCUCCAUUGAUACGAACUGACUUAUUCUCCCCUCUAGACAAGGGACCAACCCACAGCAACAUGGACCCAUUUUAAAGAAUGGAUCUGCUAAAAGGCAAUGCCCCUUCCUGCCUCCCUCCAGUUAACUUUCUCUUUGAGAGGUAGAGCUACAAACCCAGAAAUGGGGGAGAGAAGGCACAUGGAUGUGUCUCCCCACAUGCCAACGGGGCUGGACCAGAGCAUCUGACAGCACCUCCACACCAGCCCUCUGAAGCCAUAAAGGGGUCUGCAAUUUCCUGGACCCUUCCAUCAUCUGGUCUGUGCAGCACACUCCCCAGGUGCCUGAGAGCAGAGCCCUGUCAUGGAGAGGGGAUGCCAACCCUGUUAACUCUAGCUGGCAAUCUAGGCCACACAGGUGGGGGCAGGCAGGGCAGAAGCAGCUCUCACUAGCUGGCUCCACUUCCUGGUCUCCAGGACUCACCUGGCAGGUUUGAGUCAAAGGCCUGGGGAGGAAGGGUUUCCAUCCAAAAGAAAAGAAACCCAAGAAUCCACCUGUCCCUAGUAGUGACAAAGUAAGGGAUUCUAAAGAACAACGGCAACACUGAGGUCAGUGACAAUGAAGAGCUGGAAUCCACUGAGGGCUAGUCCACGCCCAGGAGCUGUCUAAGCAUUUCAAUGCAGAUCAAUUCAUUUAAUCAUCACAAUACUUUAAUGCCUUAGAUACCAUUAUUAUCCCCAUUUAUAGGUGAGUAGGUUGAGCCUCAGUGACACUAGAUGUCCAAGCUCAACCAGCUGAAAAGUGGCUGAGCCAGCCUCUGGGUCCAGUCUGUCUGGCUCCAGAGCUCCUGCUCACCACACCCAGGGCUCUGAGGCCUCCCGGAUGUAGGACAGAUAAGAUUCUUAUUAUCCUCCAGUUAGGAUAAUAAGAACCCUACUGCCCAAACACCCACACCCAAACUCUGUCUCAAAAUGACCUUCACAUGAGUUGGAGGAACCCAACGGGGAAGAGCUGGGAUGGAGCUCAACCAGGUGUCAGAAGAACAACCUCAGGAUGGUGGGAGGGAGGGGGAACCCUGCAUUUUUCACUCCUAGCACUGCUGGUUGGAGGGUCCUGGGAGCACUUGGUUGGGAAGCAGACCAGUGUUUGCCCGAUUCCUCCAGAAAGCAAGGUUUCAUUGGCAUCAAGAAUGGCCCUCCUAAAGAGUGGCUGAGGCUGAGAUUAUGCUAGGAAAGCCUCCAGUUCCCAGCCCAGCUGCUGGGAGUCAGGUGCCGUGAACAACCAGGGCACACACAGGUGUCUGGCGAGUCUAUGUGCACCCUCCUAUCCCAUGGCAGGCAGUACAAAACUGCUGGGUCCAAAUAUGAGGUUGUCCCUGCCUGCAGAAGACGUGCUCCUCCUGCUCCCUGGUGAACACUGAGCCCCCCAAGCUCUGCUGGGCCAAGUGCCACGCAGGCUCCCGCCCACUCAGGUAAACAAAGCUGCUCCAGCCCAACUCCGGGACACACAGCUCCUAGCACAGGGAGUUCCUGGGGAAGGGGGCUUGGAGAGGAGGCAGCUACACCCCCACUGUGGGAAAAAUAAACACAAAGACACUUCAGAGGCGGGCUGCCUGAAGAUGGCUAUAUAUAAGGGACGGCCAUCAGGUUGCCUCAGGCCUAGAGAACAUCUGACUGACUCUAGUCACCACCUGUCACUGUUCCAUGCCACACUGGACCAAGCCACCAGCAGUGCUUGCCAGGGCCACUGCACAGAGGCCUGUGCAGUUUCCACAGUGAUCUCACCAGCCUCCUCAUGCCACCCCACUGUGGCCUCUGCUCCACCAGCGUCUGCUCUCAGUUCCUCAGAAGGGCUGCGCUCCACACCAAAGAUCUUGCACCGUGCUGUGGGCGUAUUAUACCUCAUUACAACUACAAAACCUAUUGGGCAAGACUCUGAUUAGCAAAAUUUGGGAGAGCACAAAAAUUAUUAUCUGCUCAAUUAGUAACACUUUAAAGCAAUCUACAAUAAAAAUCUUUGUUAUGGCACAAAUGAGGAACACAAACUGUAAUACAAAUUUCAGAGCACAACUAAGGACAAAUGAAUUUCAUCCUUAAAACAUUCCCUCGCUCUCCUGCUCCGUGCCACACAACACUGACCCUAUCUCUGUCUCCAGUCUUUGUGUCUUAAUUUAUGCACUGCUUCCUCACAGGAGAGCAGGCAGAGCAACUGAGCUUCAGUACCUUCUCUCCUCCCCAUCAGUUCAUGCUCUUCACACCAACAUGCCAGAAGAAUUAUGCACCUGUGGAUAGCAGUUAGCUGAAACAGUCCACGCACCUUUCAUGUGUAUGACACAUUGUCUACACGUCUCACCUUUUUAAAUUUUUUUGGUUUUAUUUUUUAGUUGUUGAUAGACCUUUGUUUUAUUUAUAUGUGGUGCUAAGAAUCGAACCCAGUGCCUCACACAUGCCAGGCAAGUGCACUACCACUGAGUCACAGCCCCAGCACCUACACAUCUCAUUUUAAAUUGAGAAAGCCCACACAUUUCCUGGCUAAUCCUUCUGGGGUAGGGCGAGGGUCUUUUCUCUAAAUGUAGGCUGGCUGACUAGAGUUCUUGUGGUAUCUAUUUUGUAGUUUUGAUUUAAUUACAGCAGGCCAAGAUGGGCUGGGGAUGCAACUCAGUGGUAAAGCACUUGCUCAGUAUGCACAAGGCCCUGGGUUCCAGCCCUAGCAACAUCUCCCCACACACACACAAACACACACACACACACACACAGUUUGGAGUAGAACAAGAACUUAGGCUUUGCAAAGGAAUCUGAGUGUGAAAGUCCACUGAAUUUUUAUAAUGUUCCUAUUUAGUUAUCAUGUCUGCAUCUUUUUUGACAGGAAUAUAAUCCCAGUGAUUCCAAGGGGUCACACAGGUACCUGUAGAAACAACUUCUUUCUCUACUUACUCUGAGGCACAAUGUAGCAUUUCAGAGCUCAGAUUCUGUACAGCUAGUUCUCAACUAUAACUAGCUGGCAGUCCCAGCCCCAGGGCUCCCAGCUCUGGGCAGGUUCUUUCUGUGGACAGGUCAUCUAAACCAUACUUACUAGUUGUAUGACCUUGAGUAAGUUACUGAACUUCUCUGUGCCUGUGUCCCAUCUACAAAACUAGACUUUUAGGCAGGUGUGAAAUCCCAGUAAUUAAGGAGGUUGAGGCAGGAGAAUGGCAAGUUUGAUGCCAUCCUGGGCAACUUAGCAAGACCCUGUCUCAAAAUAAAAAUAGAAAAGGGCUGGGGAAGCUCAAAGGUAAAAUGCCCCUGAGUUCAAUCCCCAGUACCCCCCACCCAAUAAUGAAUAAAAUUUUUAAAAAUUGGUAUAUUAGUUAUCAUUGUUGCUUCAUUUGCUUAUGUUACAUUCGAUUAUGUAACUAUAACAAGUUCAACUGCCACAAACCAGUCUGGGGACAAACAACUGACUCUUGAUAAGACCCUGGCUUGACUGGUGGAGCUGAAGUACCAGGGUGUGCCAGAGACCAGCCUGCUGGCUGUGCGCUCCACAUGCCAGGGACAUGAGUCAGCAAGUUCUCCACAAGGAAGUGGAAAGCUUCAGGCAGGCCAGGUCCACGUAGCUCACGACAGUUAAGAAGGCUUUUUUUUUUUUUUUUUUAGAAUUUUUUAAUAUUUAUUUUUUAGUUUCUGGUGGACACAACAUCUUUGUAUGUGGUGCUGAGGAUUGAACCCAGGCCGCACGCAUGCCAGGCGAGCGCGCUACCACUUGAGCCACAUCCCCAGCCCCAGUUAAGAAGGCUUUGUUGCACUUGCUCAUCUGUCAGCCACUUGGCUACACCUGGGAGAGUCCCCUAGGAAGGUUUAAAACAACACAGCACCCUGCCAUCCCAAAGACUGAUGUGCGGGGCCUGGGCGUUUCUAGAGAUCCUAGAGACUGUCACAGCAGGGUUGAGGACCUAUGGGCUGGAAGAUAAGCUCUCAAAGGGCCAGCCCCACUCUUCUUGUCUCAGUGGCUGGCACAGUUCCUGGUCACAAAAGGCCCACCCAUCCUAGCUUUUAAAGCAGUUAAGGGUGGCCAUGAGGUUUUGGGCUUUGUUCCCUUUUCCUAGCUUCCCGAUCACACCAAUGGGUAGCAAUCAGCCACUCAGCAGCCAAGGCCUGGCCUGAGAGGCAACAGUUCUGUUUUUCUUCAUGUUUGCUGUUGUAUUUGGUUUAAUCCCUCCACUGGAGAAGACAGAAUAUGAAGAGGAUUGAUGUGACAUCCUGGGGGCCAAGAAGAUGAGAGGUGAGAGAAGCAAUGGAUAAGAAGGUCCCCCAAUAAAUUCCCAGCCCAGCCAGCAACUUGAAGAGGACACACAUAUACACACACACCAAAAAAAAAAAAAAAAA